CUUGGCCGAUUGUCUGUACUGCACUGAUCUGCUGCGUGAUGACAGGCAUGGCACAAAGCCACCAAGAUCUUUUCCGACGUGACGCUGACCACGGUUGUGGUUGCUUCGCUUCAUUCAAGGCAUUUUCAGAUUUUCAUGUUGGCGGUGGUGAAGCCUUUCGGUGCACUUGUGUUAUUUUUAGUAGGCGUGACUGGCGUCCUUGGGAAAUAGCUCCCCUGCUGGGAUGGUGUAGCGGCGAGGCGGGAGGUACAACAGAGCCAUGCCUCUGGUGAAGAGAACAGUCGAGCCUUACUACGCCAGUAGGUGUCGUGUUUCUGAUAAAGUCGAAAAUGAGUUGCAGUGCAUCGUGUCGCACACACUGUCCAAUGUCAUUCGCCAGCUUAGCAGCCUCUCCAAACAUGCCGAGAAUUUGUUUGCUGAGAUCUUCAACGAGGCCAACUCGUACCUGGAAAGGACUAGUGCUUUGGAGAAGAGAGUCCAGAAGCUAGCUGUGGACGUGACCCAGUUGGAUCCUGUGCAAGAAGAAGUUAAUCUCUAUGAUAUUAGCAUGUACAAGCACUUCAAGAGCACGAAUGUCACCGAGCAACAGGUGCUGUCAAGAGGUUCUCUCCCUGUGGCCCUUGUGGAAGUCUAUAAUCAGUGCCAAAAGCCGCCGAACCUUUCAGCGUUCAACAAGUAUCGCGAAGACGGGAAAGAUGGCCUGAAGUUUUACACAGAUCCAGGGUACUUCUUCGAAUUAUGGUCUGAAGACAUGAACCGAAAGGCCGAGGAGCGGAAAAAGAAGAGGAAGCAAAAAGUACGGCAACGAGAGACGACGAGUACUCACGGUCCCGCAAAGGUGGCAGCCGUGCAGACCAAGAAAUUCCGCAGUGGAAAGGGUCAAGAGUUUGAUGAUGGCCAAGGAGGUACUGUCGUGCCACCCUCGGUGGUCGGUGCGCCGCCUUCUGGUCCUCCACCCGGUGCACCGCCGCCGGUAGCUGGAGCACUGCCUAGCGGUCCACCACCGUCACUUCCACAGGGUGCACCACCACCGCCGCCAUCGGGUGCUCCUCCAGCACCACCCAGUGGUGCACCGCCUGGACCUCCCGGUGGUGCACCACCUCCGCCACCGGGUGGCGCCAUGCCGGCUGGUGUACCACCCGGACCUCCACCUCCAUUCGACAGUGCGCCGCCUCCACCGCCGGACGAUUCGAUGAUGGGCAUGCCACCUCCGCCUGGUUUCGCUGCUCCUCCUCCCGGUGCUCCACCGCCUCCCAUGGGCAUGCCUGAUGCGCCGAAUGCCUUUGCACCGCCGCCACCACCGCCCGCUGCUGCCCCGGCACCUCCGCCAAUGAUGGCUCCUCCGUCAGCUGUACCGCCGCCACCAGGACCACCGCCACCGGUGUCCAACGUUCCUCCACCGCCUGGUCCUCCGCCACCUCCAGGUCCCCCGCCGCCACCUUGUGGCGCGCCACCACCCCCCGGCCCAGCACCGUCACUACUGGGAAGUAUUGCGCAGGGAACUACACUCAAGAAGGCAUCAGUGGUGGCGAAAGAACCAGAUGAGAGGGUUGAUCUUCUCAGUGCUAUCCGACAGGGCAAGGCGCUGCGCAAGACUGAUGACGUUGAGAAGAAGCCAAAGGAUGAUGGCAACGGCAACGACGUCGCUGCCAUUCUCGCCCGCCGUAUUGCCGUGGAACAGAGCGAUUCAGAAGAUGAUGCCGGUGGCGAGGACUGGUCGGACGAUGAUGACGACUGGAACUAAAGCUCUCGGGCCACCGCCGUUGACCAAGUGCUUUUGUAUAUUACUACUGCUACAUAACAUCGAAACUACUCACCCUCACCAUAGCGCGUUUGUUUUGUGCUGCCUGUUGUAAAGUGCACGUUCAUUAAAUUUUUACCCUCAAAGUGCUGUCAGUGUCUUGCCAUCUGUUUUUCUAUUUCUUUAGGGAGUUGGAUGUGAUGGUAUGUUUGGUCCUAGUCUGAAUUGGAUGUAUGAUGGGGUAGUCCUCUGUAACUAUGUAACUAUUUUAGCUGAAAGUCCUGACUUACA